CUGAGCCUGAGCCUGAGCCUGAGCCUGCUGGGGCGAACAGGGGCCGAGAACCUGUGCGGGGACCCCCCCGGAGCCCCCUCCCACUCUAUCGCCGCUCCCCAGCUCAGCCCCGAGGAGCGGCUCUCGCCCCACAUGCCCGAAUCCCUGCUCUGUGACUCCUGCCACGCCAUCGCCUUCCAGAUUGAGGAGCAGCUGCGCAAGGCAGAAGGGAAGGUGGGUAAGAAGGCUUUGAAGGAGUCGGACUAUAUAGAGGUGCUGGAGAGGAGCUGCUCACAGGACUGGGAGAGUUACGGGGUGCUGGAGCUGGACGGGGAGAAGCGGCUGGCGGGGCCGGGGCUGUCGAGGCAGCAGCCCCUGAGCGUGCUGGUGUCGGGGGGACCUUGGCCGAGCAGGCUCUCCAAGCUGUGCCACGGCUACGUGGGCGAGCAGGGAGAGGCGGGCAUUUUCACCGAGGGCAUCUCCUGCAUCAUCGCGGGGCUCUUGGGAACCGGCAACGGCUCCACGUCCUCCAGCCCCAACAUCGGCGUCCUGGGCAUCACCAAGGUGGGGAGCAGGAGGGUGAUCCAGUACGGAGCCGGGAUCAUGCUCCUGCUGGGAACCGUCGGCAAAUUCACGGCGCUCUUCGCCUCCCUGCCCGACCCCGUGCUCGGCGGGAUGUUCUGCACCUUGUUCGGAAUGAUCACGGCCGUCGGCCUCUCCAACCUGCAGUUCGUCGACAUGAACUCCUCCCGAAACCUCUUCGUGCUGGGCUUUGCCAUGUUUUUCGGGCUGACGCUGCCAAACUACCUGGAUUCCCACCCCGGGGCCAUUAACACAGGUGUUGCCGAGCUGGACCAGAUCCUGACGGUGCUGCUGACCACGGAGAUGUUCGUCGGGGGGACCAUCGCCUUCGUCCUGGACAACACCAUCCCCGGGACGCAGGAGGAGCGAGGGCUGGUGCAGUGGAAGGCAGGAGCGCACUCGGACAGCACGAGCAGCGCCAGCCUGAGGAGCUACGACUUCCCCGUGGGCAUGGGCGCGGUGCGGAGGAGCCGCUGGCUGAGGAACGUGCCCAUCUGCCCGCUCUUCACCGGCUUCAGGGCCCGGGCCAGGGCCACGGCAGCCGCGGAGGGCCCGGACGGCACGGACGGGGGCUCGGUGUGCACCAAGGUCUGAGCCAGGGGAGGGGCCCGGGAGGUCCCGCCCCAGCGCCGGAGGAGCCGAGCCGAGCUCCAGGGGGGCUGCCGGGGGUCGCCCACCAAGGC